UGUAAGGUGGAAGAGAGACUUUCUAAAGGCCUUUUCCAGUCUGGGAGCUUGCAUCUGUCGCCAACUACUGUACCACAGGGGAAGCGGAGGAAACCGGAGAGUCAGCAGAGUUCCCUGAAGACUAGGGAUCCAUUGUCUUUGGAUUGUCUGGAGAAUGCACCCAGGUUUUUCCACUUAAAGGCUGGGGGAUUCUCACACAAACCUCGGUCUUCCUUGCAGAGCACAGCGACUCCUGAGACAGAUAGUGGAAUCGGAGGAUUGGGCACAAGUUGUCCAGCUGUGGAGCUUUUCCACUCAUCUCCGUGGACGGAGAAAUCUGAAGGGCACCCAGCUCCCUGUGCCAUGACUGAUUCAGACAGCAAGGGCUCCUGGUCCAAUGUACAGAGAUCCAGGGACCGAACUGCGCAGCCCAAACAGCCAGGGCAGGCGCAGCCCAAACAGCCAGGGCAGGCGCAGCCCAAACAGCCAGGGCAGGCUUCUGACAGCACUGCCAGGGAGAACUGCGCAUUGCUGACCGAGUGGACAGCUGAGGACUCUCACGCUCAUGCCCAGGAGGCCCAUGUGGGGAAUGUGGCCAAGGUCCGCACACGGUCCAGGGAUAGGACGACAGCUGAGACUCUCUCCCACACCUGCUCCUGUCACAGCACCAGUACCAGCCGAGAAAACGCUGACGUUAGUGUCUACGCUGCGGCCGACAGCGAUUUGAUCCUAGCUCUGCAGUGCGAGGUGGGCAGUCUGAAGCGGGACUUGGAGCAGAGCCUGUUGUGUCUGCCUUACAUUGCUAAAAGGAUGGACUACCUGGCCAUGAGGUUCACGCAGGAUGCAGGGCGGAAGAGGAAACCUACAGCUCACCACAAAACCAGCCCCACCGGACAUGAAGCUCUGAUGAAGACCAGCACAAACCCACUCCUGGAGGAGAAUGGAAGCUCCUCAGAUAUGGAUCCAAGAACGAGAUGGAGCUCCACCCUCUCCAAAGAGAGGCAUUAUUAUAUAAGCCCCCAUCCUGCAACACAACCUAUCAGUCCAGCAUCUGACAAAAACUGGCGAGCAUCCUGUAGUUUACCUGCUAGCUUUGCAGACAUGGGGCAGAUGCCUAUGACUGGAUGGAGACUCCCUGGUAGCCAAUCAGAUUCCGCCCUUCUGCCUCACCAUCCAACCUUUCUGAGGUCAGGACGUUCCCCUCACUCCACCCGCAGGGUCAGGAGUCACCACAAGUACAAAAGGGAGGAGGAAAACAUCAGCCGAACGUUGGAUCGGGCUAUUGAGGCGGCGUGGACCAUGAAGCUGACGACAGACCAGAUGGCCCUGAGACUGUCAGCUGACCUGGCAAAAGCAGAGCUGUACAGGAAGCUGCAUGCUGUCAGCCCACAAGCUGGAAGAUUCAACUCCAAAGGCCAGACGGCACCUUGACACUGCAAAUGCUCCACAAAUGCUUAAUAUUUAAUCUUUCAAAAGGCAUUGUUCAAUACUCAGGGAAAAUAAACUUCUCUUUAACAGAAUGUUAUUCCUGUUUACAGCCAACGGUUAUUUUUCGUAAUACACCCACAUUUAUCUGUUAGCAUUCCAUCCUAGCCAUUAUGGCCACUUCUGGUAACAAACACAAGAUGGCACACUAGCACUACUCACUAACCUGACUCCACAAUCUCACUUGCAAACCCAGCUGCUCGCUCUAUUAUAUCCAUUGUGAAAGUAGGCCAGCCUUCCCCAACAUUACACCAGUUCCUCUGAGAACGGGUCGCCCCCAGUGUUCAUCCGACACCAAUGGCCAUCCAUCACGGCCCAUCACAGACAAUCGGUUGCAAACAAGUGAUGCUUACUGGGUUUCUGCCGAACACCCCGGCUUUCUUUUCGUGAGCCCCCCCUACGGUGCCCGCUUCAUGACUCGUUCUGUUGUGGCAUAUUGUGUUUCUUUGUUGUACUGCGCCGGCAGAGAAGACAGAAGUUCCCAGUGCAAUUUCAGACACUCAAUUGUUAUGGAGCGAGAGCCACACCUCCACCAACCCACUCUUCCGGACAUGCAAAGAAAAAAAAUAAAGAUGCGGGUCCCUUUCCUCUAAGGCCUUCUUACUUUUCCAUCCACAUCACUGCAUGUUGUCUGUUUUUGGGAAGAUAAUAGCUCCACAUCGCUGGAAAGAUGAUAAGUCAGCUUUCCAAAAUGGCUUAUUCAGUAUAAUUCCCACCUUUGCUCAUAUGCCAUAACAUCAGCUGAUCUGUCAAACUGGCUGUAGCAAUUUUGGCAAAACC